AUGACGGGGAGUGCGAUACCAGAGACGCAUCUUAAAAAUCUACACAAAUACAAGUACUCAGGCGUGGACAACUCUUUGCUUAGUCGAUACCUUCUCAACCCGUACUGGAAUAAGCUUGUCACUUUCUUUCCUCAAUAUAUCGCUCCAAACGCUAUUACAUUCAGCGGUCUGCUUAUCAUUAUCUUUAACUUGGCAACCUUGCUUUACUACGAUGGCAAUUUUGAAUGCUCUGCGAGCAACACUUGUCCACCAAAUUGGAUUUACUUCACCUGGGCUAUUGGAUUGUUUGCUUACCAAUCUUUAGACGCAAUAGAUGGAAAACAAGCUCGUCGAACAGGUAUGGCAGGUCCACUCGGAGAGUUGUUCGACCAUGGCUGCGAUGCACUCAACACUACUUUAGAAGUAAUCUUGAGUGCUGCUGCUCUGAACAUCGGCAGAGGCUGGUGGUUAAUACUCUCUCAAAUUGCUACACUUGCCAACUUCUACCUCAGCACUUGGGAGGAAUAUCAUACAGGCACACUCUUCCUCAGUGUCUUCUCAGGACCAGUUGAGGGAAUUGUCAUUAUCGUCGGUUUGUAUGCCCUUACUGGAGUAUACGGCCCGCAUAUUUGGUCCAUAUCACUCAAGAGCUAUUUAGGGGUGAAUAUUCAAAUCAAUGAGUUGUUUAUGGGUUUUGCUGGUGUUGGUUUAUUAGCAAAUAUAUACACAGCAUACUCAAACGUUGAUAAAAAGAGAAAAUCGCGUCAAGACUAUCCGCAAUCGCUUUCACCGUUGUGGGGAUUAUUGCCGUUCGUGUAUCAGACAUUUGUCAAUGUUCUCUGGGUAUGCGGACCAUCAUCAAUUUCAUUUAACAAAGGAACUUAUGUUACACCGUUAUUGGUCUUCUUAAUACAAUGGGGCUUGCAAUUCUCCCACCUAGUUGGUUUGAUCAUAUUGGGACACGUCGCCAAGAUUGAUUUCCCUAAAUACUUACCGUCAAUGUUUUUGACACUGUUGGUAGCAGUGGAUAGCCACCUGCCAGCUCCUUUCUUACACUCUACUGAAAUGAGCGCAAGAUACACACUUUACACAAUCACACUAGUGAAUGGUCUAAUAUGGGCAUACUUCGCUUGGUUUACAGUCAGUGAUAUUUGUGAUUAUCUAGGUAUAAAAUGCUUUAAAGUCUUGAAGAGAGACGAGGAGGGUAGAUGGGUUAAACCUAAAUCUUUAUAG